AGUAUUGUGAUCUCUCUGAGGCCAAGACUAACAGAUACAGACAUACACAUUCUAGGCAAUCUGAACAGGGGAAAGGCUUGGAGCAACACCCACACACUGUUUGGGAAAUUGGACGAAAUCCUUCCAAUACUGAUACAGGUCUUCCUAUCUCAAGUGACCGCAGAGAACUAGAAACAGAGGGGAAAAACUAAACUUUUGGCGUCUCUUCAAAAUGUGCAUCUGGAUGGUUGGAGUUCUGUAUGUCCUGAUGUGUUUGGGAAAUCAUCAGGCUCAAGCAGCCAACACAGCCAUCUCCAUGCCGGACAGAGUCAGGGUGACUCUGGCAGGAGAAACGCUCCAUUUCAUACUCAAAGUGACCAUCCCAAUGAAUCAGAACUCAAGUGACUUAGUCUGCUCUGGGCCUCCAGACCAAAAGGAGAUACAAAGAUGUACACUCCCCUUUUCUCAAACAACUACAGACACAUUGACUUUGAAAAUAACAGCACGUAACAGUUCAUACUCAGGAGAGUAUAACUGCAAGUAUAAAAAUGCAGAGAUCUUCUGGACUCUUCUGGUGAAAGACGAGGGGUACCGACAGCCUUACUCAGGUUUCAUCGUGUUGGGGGCUCUUACCACAGGCCUCCUCAUCUUCAGUGUGAUCGGGUCCAUAUAUGUGUUUAAAAGCCAAUGGAAUGGAAGUACCGGUAGUGGAGUAAGCAGAAGGAAUAGAGGAGAGAAUGAAGAGGAGGAGGACAGUAAAAUUAAUGCAGCUGCCUCUGCUUCAGUUUACGCUAGUCUAGAGUCUCGGCCAGCAUCUGUCUAUGAGGUCUUGGCCCCAGGAGCAGCAGCAGCAGUAAACCGUGAAUCUGUCCAGAGGAAAGAAAAAGUGAAGAGAAAGAAGUCAAAGGAAUCGAUGGAGAACGCAACGCCACAAGGAGAUGUAAUAUUUGAAUGCGUCUAUGAGAAUUUCUGACCUACUGACAUCUGUACUGUGUUUGGGCAUCUAUAUGCCUCUAUUUUCCUGCCUUUGCAAUCUCUCUUGUUCUUUUAUACAACCCUAAAAUCAUGCAUGUAUCUUACCCUGCAGCUUCAUGACUUCUGUUGAAAAUAAACUGCUGUGUCUCUGGUUGUUAUCAUCACGGAAUGUCUCUAGUUAUUUUGUCUAAUUGACUAAGUUUGAAUGAACGGAUAUCUAACCACAAGUGAGUCCACCUGCAAUAUGUCAGAUUUAUUUUAGCUAGAAAUGUUGCAAACUGAUCCCCUCUACUCCCAAGUCCCACCCUAAUACGAUUGUAUCCAAUGAGACUAUUAGGCUGUUUUGAGUAAGAACCAAUCGAAACACGUCUCCCAUUUCUACUUCCUGGUUUGGUUUAUUUACUUUUUGUUGAACAUGGCAGCGGAGGGUGACUUUCUGAUGAGAUAUCGUGCUGUAUCAAAUAAAUUGAAAAAACGUUUUCUUCGGAAACCCAAUGUAGCAGAAGCAAGUGAGCAGUUUGGUCAGUUGGCUAAAGAGCUGAAGCAGCAAGACUGCCUUCAGUAUGCAGCCUUCUGUGACCUUGCAAUGGCAAGGUGUGAGCAGACUCUGUUCAAUGCCCCUGGGGAGGCCCUGGCCCUGACUGACGCUGCCCGGCUCUUCCUGCUCUCUGAGAAGGAGAACAGAGCACUACAAGCCCCAGGCUUCGACGAGCACCUGCAGGCCGCACUCAACUGCUACAGCUUCGCCAUUAAGGUGUACAUUGAGAUGAACCAGCCUGUCAUGGCCGCCAGUCUAUCUCUGGAACUUGGCAAUGCCCUCAAGGAGAUGAACAGACCAGGUGAGGCUAUAGUUCACUACCAGAGAGCAGCAGAACUACAGACACAGCAGCCCAUUGAGUCUCUGCUGUCUAUGGGAGAGAUGGCCACCUGCAAAAUACUCACCCGUGACUAUGACGGCGCGCUGGCCGUGCUGACAGAGAUGCAGCUGAUGUGUCAGGAGAGGGGACUGCAGCUGCCCGGCUCCAGCACCCCCGUUGGUGCAUUUCUGGACGUUGUGGCCAAGUGUGAGAUUUCCAGAGUACUUUUGCUGAUGCUGCUUGAGCCUCCUCCCCAGAAGUUGUUGCCAGAGCAUGCCCAGACCCUGGAGAGAUAUGCCUGGGAGUCUUUUGACCCUCAUAGUCAGGUGACCUUCCUACCUGAGAACGUCUUCCUGCUCCUGCAGUCAGUUGUGAUGGCCUGCCAGGAAAAAGACACAGAGUCCCUCAAGUCUCUUCAACCUGAACUCUGGCCUCUUCUCUCAGCAGAGCAGAACCACCUCCUUCACCUGGUGGUGCAAGAGCGGAUCACCCCCUCUGGACAGGGGAUUUAGUACAGUCCAGAUCAACUCACUACACCCACUCGGAAUGACACAUAAUGGAACAUUCCUGUCUCUGUCUUGGUCUGUUGUAGGGCCUCCUGAAUAAUGUUUUGGUGGGGUUGCAUUCACAACCACACUGUUUUGCAUCUUUCUUUUUUUUAAAUGUGUGAACCGGACCAAGCACGUCAUUGUGAUCUUACUGUUAUGCCUAUUAGUGGUCGCUGGAUUGCUCGUGGUCAAGUCUUGCACAAAGUAGUUAUUUAUUGGAAAUAUGUUGAAUAGAUGAAAUAUGAAUGGAAAAUAUGCUUUUUAUGUAGCGUUUUUAUUUUGUUAAUAAAUGGUAUAGUCUGAACAAACAUGGCUUGAAUUCCAAUGUAAUUACAAAAAUCCUCUACUGCAUUAUAAUAAAUGGUGAUAUUACAUA